GGACGGAGGUGCCCGUCGUGCCGGUGCAGUCCGUGGUGGACCCCAUUAGACACCCGAAGUCUACGCUGAUGACGCCGGGGUCCAAGGCCGCGCCGCCGAAGCCCGGCGCCCCCAGAUCGAAGGCCAAGGCGAAACCCAACGCGCUGCCCGCCCUGAAGCCCGGGGAGCCGCCGCCCCCCGCCUCGGGCAUCGGUGCCAUCAUGCUCGGGAUCAAGGGCGACGUCUGGGGCAAGGUGGUUAGGGAAGACGCCAAGUGCUGGUUCGUCGAGUCCGGGCGCAUGGCGAAGAAGGACGACACGGAGGGCGUGCGCUGGAAGUGGAUGCCGGUGCCCGCCCUGCUGUGGCCCCCGACCGAGGCGGCGGCCGCCGAGGAGGCGCCUGCCGCGGAGGAGGCCGCCGCCGAGGAGGCCCCCGCCGACGGCGAGGCCGCCGCUGCAGAGGAGGCGGCCGCCGCAGAGGAGGCACCCGCCGCCGAGGAGGCCGCCGCCACCGAGGAGGCCGCCGCCACCGAGGAGGCCGCCGCCACCGAGGAGGCCGCCGCCACCGAGGAGGCCGCCGCCAUCGAGGAGGCCGCCGCCACCGAGGAGGUCGCCGCCACCGAGGAGGCCGCCGCCACCGAGGAGGCCGCAGCCACCGAGGAGGCCGCCGCCACCGAGGAGGCCGCCGGCGCCGUCGACGAGGCCGCCGCCACCGAGGAGGCCCCCGCUGCCGAGGAGGCAGCCGCCGAGGAGGCCGCCGCGGGGGAGGGCGAGGCCGAGGCGGCGCCCGCGGAGGAGGAGGAGGCCGGGGAGGUCGUGGUGGAGGAGGCCGUCGCAGUAGACGACGAGGCAGCCGGCGCCGAGGAGGAGGAGGCCGCGGAGGGGGAGGCCGCGGAGGGGGAGGUGGCCGUGGAGGCGGAGGAGGUCGCGGCCGAGGAGGCCCCCGCCGAGGAGGCGGCACGCCGCAGGGGGGGCCACCGAGAUGCUCGUCGACGACGGUUACGCCGCCGCUGA